GUUGCCGGCGAUGUCAAGCUAGACGUCGUUCAGCAACUGGAAGACCUGCUCUCAAUCGCGAGAGCAGAGAAGGCACGCGGAGAGCUGAAGGACCCGUCAUUGGGUGCUUGGCUCAUCAAGCAGCUACCUUCGAUGAGGAGGUACCUGCCCCGCACAGCGCCCGGUGCAAGCGGUACCGGCGCUUCGAGGGAAUUGCCACCAAGGGAACCUGGGAAGUAUGAUGCGAAGAUCAUAACUUUCAUCAGCAAACCCAAUCUGGUGACGCCCUCCUCGUUGAGCUUUCGUCGAGCUCGUGCUACAAACCCUGGGAGCACAAAAGCGGCGCAUGGCCUGGAUCAGCAAGACCAUGAAGGACAAGACCUACAGGGAAUGGCGAUGUUGAGGGAUGGAUGGCCCGCUGAGCCACCUCGCGGUGGCACCGGGCGUCGUCACGAAACAGAGUCAUGGCAAGGCGAGAAUGCCAUUCGUGCUAGAAUGAGCACGCUCAGUCCACUGAGACGAGUCUUCUCCGUGAGCCCGAUACGUACCUACACGGGAGAAGGAUCGAUGUAUCGAAGUCAAGUAGACUUCGAUGACGUCGAUUACGGACUCGUUGGCGCCGCUGGUGGUGCCGGGUAUGCUUCAAGCAGCGAGAAGUCCAGUGCUCGAGCCGAUCUCGAAGAAUCGGGGUCCGAACUGGGCUCGCAGGACAUCUACCUCUCUGACGAGACAGGCAUGAGUCUCUCAGAGAGCGAGGUAGAUCGCGACACGGGAGAAGAAGACGACUUGACCGGUGAUGAGCAUGACCUAGAUGGUGAUGCUCAAAGUGCCAGCAGUCGCCGGUCAUCUGCUCGAGAGAAAUCGCUCGCACACGGCGAGGAUGAAACCGAUCUGGAUGCGGCGUCGGGCUCUCGGCGUAGUCAGUCUUCAGGCGAUGAAGACGAAUCGGACAGCUACACUGAAAGUAUUAGUCAGGAAAGUCAAGACGAGUCGCCUUAUACGUCUGAGCAAGACGACGAGGACGGAUCGGACUCAGAAAUUCGCACCGAAGAGAACCAGUCAGCCAAAGGCACUGACCUCAACGAAGACCAGCAGUCAGCGCAAUCCGACGACGAGUACGAUGAAGGAGCGUCGCAGACGGGAUCCGAGGGUGCAGCUCAAAGUGAUGGUGGCUAUUACUAG